UCCACCGGCCAUUUCCCUCGAGCCUGUGUGUCCUCAAAGAACCUGAUGGAGAAGGAGUGCUGCCCGCUGUGGCGUGGGGAUGGGAGUCCCUGUGGCCAGCUUUCAGGCAGGGGUUCCUGUCAGGACAUCCUUCUGUCCAAUGCACCACUCGGGCCUCAAUUCCCCUUCACAGGGGUGGAUGACCGGGAAUCUUGGCCCUCUGUCUUUUAUAACAGGACUUGCCAGUGCUCUGGAAACUUCAUGGGAUUUGACUGUGGAACUUGUAGAUUUGGCUUUUGGGGGCCAAACUGCACUGAGAGGCGACUGUUAGUAAGAAGAAACAUCUUUGAUUUGACUGUCCCAGAGAAGAACAAAUUCCUUGCCUACCUUACUUUAGCGAAGCAUACCACCAGUCCAGACUAUGUUAUCCCCACGGGCACCUAUGGCCAAAUGAACAAUGGAUCAACACCCAUGUUUAGUGACAUCAACAUUUAUGACCUCUUUGUCUGGAUGCAUUAUUACGUGUCUAGAGACACACUGCUCGGAGGGUCUGAAAUCUGGAGUGACAUUGAUUUUGCUCAUGAAGCACCAGGCUUCCUGCCUUGGCAUAGACUCUUCUUGCUGCUGUGGGAGAAAGAAAUCCAGAGGCUGACAGGGGAUGAGAACUUCACUAUUCCUUACUGGGAUUGGCGGGAUGCAGAAGACUGUAACAUUUGCACAGAUGAGUACAUGGGAGGGCACCACCCAGCAAACCCUAACCUACUCAGCCCAGCAUCCUUCUUCUCUUCUUGGCAGAUCAUCUGCAGCCGAAUGGAGGAGUACAACAGCCAUCAAGCUUUAUGCAAUGGAACACCUGAGGGACCGUUACUGCGCAAUCCUGGAAACCAUGACAAAGCCAGGACCCCGAGGCUCCCCUCCUCAGCUGAUGUGGACUUCUGCCUGAGUUUAACACAGUAUGAAUCUGGCUCCAUGAAUAAAGCUGCCAAUUUCAGCUUUAGAAAUACACUGGAAGCUUCUGCGUCAGUCAGGGUCUUUAAUUUCAUGCAACAGAAACUAACUCUAGUUGAUUUAAACAGUAACCCUUUCCUCUGCAGUAUUUUUGAACAGUGGCUCCGAAGAUACCGUCCUCUUCAAGAAGUUUAUCCAGAAGCCAAUGCACCCAUUGGACAUAACCGGGAAUCCUACAUGGUUCCUUUUAUACCUCUCUACAGAAAUGGUGAUUUCUUUAUUUCAUCUAGAGAGCUGGGCUAUGACUAUAGCUACCUACAAGAUUCAGAACCAGACUCCUUUCAAGACUACAUUAAGUCCUACUUGGAACAAGCCAGACAGAUCUGGCAAUGGCUCGCUGGGGCGGCUGUGGUAGGGGCCGUCCUCACCGCUGUGCUGGGAGGGCUCGCCAGCCUGCUGUGUCGUCGCAGGAGAAAGCAGCUUCCUGAAGAAAAGCAGCCCCUCCUUAUGGAAAAAGAGGAUUAUCACAGCUUGUUGUCACAGAGCCAUUUAUAAAAGUGUCA